CAAGAGCUUGACGGAGGUCGGCGCAAGUUGGUCUGGCCGGCGAAUAUCGGACGGAUGUGUCUCCUCUCCCGGACAACAUGUCAGUGCCCUUGAACUUGUUGCGCUUCCUGGUCUUAUCAGCUGCUCUGAGCCUGACAGUUUUAAGGCAGAACCUCGUACGAGGACAACUAGGUGACGGCUGCGGGCACACAGUUAUUGGCCCUGAAAGUGGCACUUUAACUUCCAAGGGCUACCCUGGCACCUACCCGAAUCACACAUCAUGCAGGUGGGAGCUGGAUGUCGGUCUGGGGAAGAGUAUCAUGUUGAUGUUUAGCGACUUGGACAUCGAGAACACAGAGAACUGUUCGUCUAAUUCUGUGCGAAUCUAUGCUUUGGCUACCAACAGCAGCUAUGGUCCUUACUGCAGAAAAAUGAACAGAGACCUGCCAAGAAUACAACUACCGUCCAGUGCAGUAAUUGUGCAGUUCCAAAGCACCACUCAUCGAACUGGAAGAGGAUUUCUGCUCUCGUACGCUACGACCGACCACUCAGAUAUGAUUUCCUGUUUGGAUAAAGGAAUCCAUUAUUCUCAGCAGUCUUUCACCAAAUAUUGUCCGGCAGGCUGUAAAGGUGUUAGCGGCGAUGUCUGGGGAAACCACCAGGAGGGCUAUCGUGAUACAUCAGUUCUGUGCAAGGCGGCUGUACACGCAGGAGCAAUAGCAGAUGAGCAGGGAGGCCAGGUGUCAGUGACGCUGAAGAAAGGCAUCACUCUGUAUGAAGCUGCUUCUGCAAAUGGGAUUAUAACCAGGAGGGGUCCCUUGUCUGAGAAACGCAUCAAGAUUAACAAAGAUUGCAGCAAUGUUCUGGACAGCAGGCACUUUACCGCCUCGUCCUCCUGGGCGGAGAGGAACAGCAUUGGAGAGUUGACUAUCUGGUCCCCUGACAAAGCUCAGACCAGCAGUAAAGGACCCCCCUGGGCGUGGGCCGCCAGCUCUCGCAGCAGUGAAGAGUGGCUGCAGAUAGACUUGGGAGAGCGGAAGAACAUCACAGGGAUUGUGACCAAGGGCAGCACCAACAAUGGGUAUAACUUUUAUGUGAAGACAUACAAGAUUUCCCACAGUAAGGAUGGAGGAAACUGGAGAUUCUACAGGUGCAAGAACAGCAAGGAAGACAAGAUCUUUCAAGGAAACGUGAACAACGAUCAGCUCGUUCGCAAUAACUUUAUCCCGUCGAUUGUGGCGCGGUACAUUCGUGUCAUUCCGCAGCAGUGGCACGAAAGAGUAGCUCUGAAGGUGGAGGUGCUGGGCUGCAAGCCGUCACCAAAGAGCCGCAAAGCUGCUGCUCCGCGAAGCCCAAGACCUCUGCCAAAGCCAACCGACGUUCCUGCAGAAAGCAGCACUCCACCAGAUCAGCUAAUUGUAGAGGAACAUCUGCCAGGUUUAAAUUUGAUUGUGGUACUUAUUUCGGUUAGUUUUCUGGUAAUAAUAGCAACAGCACUCCUAUUACUGUGUGUGUUCUGGAAAAGAAGGAAAUCUGGAAAAAGGAUGCACUGUUCAUCCCUAAAAGUUUGUGAUACGUCAGUGAAAGGGCAGAACUGUCACAGGAGUCAACUGCAGCCAACUGAGUCAGAUAUCAUCACCUUCACCAGUGAGGAGGGCUCAUGCAGGAGCAUCACUGGAAACACCUUGUCAGUAGAUUAUGCAGAACCAGACAUUCUUCAGGGUGGAAUUACAGCCCAAAAGGCCUCAUCGACAUUCAAACCUCCAAAUGACGACGGUUACACCAUUCCACUUGUUGUGAGUCACUAUGACGUUCCAUUCUCAUGCAAGCACCACGAGUACGCUGAACCAUUUCUGAACCAGGAACCAGAAUAUGCGACUCCGUUUGUUGAACCAAGUGCAGAGGCAGAAACGUCCACAAAGAAAAAUGUCUGCAUAGUAAAGGUUAUCCCACCUGUGCAAGAAACACUUUAAAAGCCUUGGUAUGUCCAGUGCUUUGCAACACUCACCUGACCAUUAAACUGAUCUGUGUCGUGAACUGAACCAUCAACAAGGUGGGCAUGAAGCAGCCCAGCCAACUAGGAAAGACAGAAUGGAAAGCAAGUUACAUCAAAAGAAAGUCAUCAAUGUCUGAUGAUUCUGUGAUGCUGGUGUACCAUUAAGCACUAUGACUUGUGAAUAAUCGGCAUGCGUAGGUUUUAAAACCUACAUCACGUUCCCGAGCAAUGAAGGAAGUUGACAAUACAGCAAUAUUUAUGCAGUCAGGUUUAAAGGACAUGAACUGGGGGCAAACCGUUGUCUCUGGCAGUAGAUCCAGAGCAAGCAGACUGCAUGAUUACAUUCAAACCACUGUGAAAGCUUUGAACUCUAUAAAUGCAAUGCUGUCUCCAAUAAGGAAAGUUUUUGCAACCUCUAUUUAAUGUAUUUUUUAAAAUAUUAUAUAAAAGCACUUCGUAAAAUAGGAUUGGAUAGUUACAUUGCAUUAACUGCUAUCCAUAUCUGUUACAGAAUUUUUUUUUGCUACCAAAAAACUGCUGGAUUAUCUAAAUGGUAAUUAAAUGAUUUGUAUUAAUAAAAUGCAGAAUCUAAGUUUCUGUUUAACCUUGUUCUAUUGCUCAAAGUGAUAGGAUUUGGACCUCUUGAAGUCUGAAAGUAUUUAUUUACUGCCCAUUAGGCCGCUGUCAUUUAGAGCAGCAAUGAAGGUCCUCCAUCUGUCUGUCUUUGGCCACAUAAACGUUGCUGUUUCUGUAGCAAUUUUGUUUUACCCGUCAAGGUUGUUAGCCCUAAGCUGAACCUCCGAAUCUGACGGA